AUGGGUAGUUUCCGACUCCUCGAGCUCGUCCGCCCGUUCAUGAGCAUCCUCCCAGAGGUUACUGCUCCUGAGCGCAAGGUCACUUUCCAGCACAAGAUUCUGUGGACGGCCACUACACUCCUCAUCUUCCUCGUGUGCGCCCAGGUGCCGCUGUACGGCAUCAUGUCAAGCGACUCGGCCGACCCGCUCUACUGGAUGCGUGUCAUCAUGGCCAGUAACCGUGGCACGCUCAUGGAGCUCGGUGUCACUCCCGUUGUUACCUCGGGCAUGAUCAUGCAGCUGCUCGCCGGCGCACAGCUCAUCGAGGUCGACUACAGCCUCAAGGACGACCGCGCCCUCUUCAGCGCUGGUCAGAAGCUCUUUGCCCUUAUUAUCGCCCUUGGCCAGGCUACCGUCUACGUCCUCACCGGCCUGUACGGUGCUCCCUCGAGCCUCGGCGCUGGUGUCUGUCUCCUCCUCAUCCUUCAGCUCGUUGCUGCGUCGCUCAUUGUCAUCCUCCUCGACGAGCUCCUCACCAAGGGCUACGGUCUUGGCUCGGGUAUCUCUCUCUUCAUCGCCACCAACACUUGCGAGUCAAUCAUCUGGAAGUGCUUCAGCCCCAACACGGUCAACACGGGCCAUGGGCCCGAGUUUGAGGGCGCUAUCGUCGCUCUCUUCCACCUCGUCUUCACGAUGAACAACAAGACCCGCGCACUCAAGGAGGCCUUCUACCGCGAGCGCCUGCCGAACAUGAUGAACGUUAUUGCGACCGUCAUUGUCUUCGCCGCCGUCAUCUACCUCCAGGGCUUCCGCGUCGAGAUCCCCAUCAAGAGCUCCAAGAUGCGCGGCCAGCGCGGCACUUACCCCAUCAAGCUGUUCUACACCUCCAACAUGCCCAUUAUGCUCGAGUCGGCGCUCACCUCGAACGUCUACCUUGUCUCGCGUAUGCUCUAUGACCGUUUCCCCGACAACCUCUUUGUUCGCCUCCUCGGCGUCUGGGAGCCCGUCGAGGAGAGCACCCAGCUCGAGGCCAUCUCGGGCAUCUCUUACUACAUGUCGGCGCCUCACAGCCUCAAGGAGGCCCUCAUCGACCCCUUCCACACUGUCGUCUACCUCACCUUCAUUGUCACUGCCUGCGCUAUGUUCUCCAAGACGUGGAUCGAGGUCUCGGGCUCGGGCCCGCGCGACGUCGCCAAGCAGCUCAAGGACCAGAGCAUGACGCUCGCUGGGCACCGCGACGCCUCGAUCUACAAGGAGCUCAAGCGCGUCAUCCCCACCGCCGCCGCGUUUGGCGGUGCUGUCCUUGGUCUCCUCUCGUUCGGUGCCGACAUGCUCGGAGCCCUCGGCUCGGGCACCGGUAUCCUCAUGGCCGUUACCAUCAUCUACGGCUACUUUGAGCUCGGCGUAAAGGAGAACGCUGGCAUGGACGCUGCCGGUCUCCAGGACAUGCUCUUCUAA